AUGGCUUCGAUACUGCGGCAGAUUGUUGCAGGUCCGCGCGCGCGGCAUCCAGAGGCCGGGCUGGACCUUUGCUAUGUGACAGACUUUAUCAUUGCAACAUCCGGUCCUUCGCAGACGUACCCUCAGAUCGCCUACCGAACUCCUCUCGACCAACUCGUUGGCUUUCUCGACUCAAAACACGGCCAAGACUGGGCGAUUUGGGAAUUCCGCGCCGAGGGGACGGGAUACCCAGAUGAAGCUGUCUACAAUCGGAUAUGGCACUACCCAUGGCCCGACCACCAUCCCCCGCCAUUUAGGCUGAUUCCCUUGAUCAUGGCAAGCAUGCGGAAUUGGCUUCAUGGCGGGGAGGCGGCUGAUGCGCAUGCGGAGAACGACAAGAAGCCCCAGUCGCAGUCUUCCUAUCCGCCGAACGAAGAGAACAUAGAGGCUGUUUCGAGGUCUCUUUCGGAGCCAGCCAAGACCGAGAGGAAUAAGAAGAGGGUCGUGGUGGUUCACUGCAAGGCGGGCAAAGGGAGAAGCGGCACCGCCAGCUGCAGUUACCUCAUUGCAGAGGAAGGUUGGAAGGCGGAAGAUGCUCUGACACGCUUCACUCAGCGUCGCAUGAGGCCUCAAUUUGGCGCUGGUGUGUCGAUUCCCUCGCAGCUGCGGUGGAUUGGCUACGUUGACCGCUGGACAAAGGGCGGCAAGAUAUACACAGAUCGUCCUGUCGAGAUCGUAGAGAUCCACGUAUGGGGGCUUCGCAACGGCGUCAAGAUGGAUGUCGAGGCCUUUGCAGACGAAGGCAAGAAUGUUCAGACCGUGCACAGUUUCACAAAAGAGGAAAGGGUCGUGGUCGAAGGAGAUGCGCCGGAAGGCGGUGGUCUGUCUGAGAUAAUAUGGGAUUUGGCGGGUUACUCAAUCCAAAAGGACAAGGUCCCUGAAGCGGUGGAGUUUGCGGACGCAACCAACAAUGAUUCCAAGAAGAAGGAUUCUAGCGACGAGCUGAAGAAGAAAGAAUCCAGUGAUGAGCCCAAGAAGAAGGAUUCUUUCGACCCUCCUCCCUCACCCUCGCCGCAGCCUUCAGAAUCGUCCAUAGAGCAGGUGCUGCGGCGGAAGAGCGCCAAGCUGAUAGAACGAGUAUCACCGCCUGGGUCGCACUCCAAAAUCGACAAAUUCCGAGCCAUGCUCACUGCCGAACCAACCUCACCAACAGCUUCCUCCCCAUCCGAAGUCCGCACGGAGAGCCUCGAUGAAACCGAGCCUGGUGGCAUGGCCGUCAUCCUCAAGCCGAAAGAGCCCAUCCGCAUCCCCAACAGCGAUGUCAACAUUGCCGUUGAGCGGCGAAAUAGAACCCACAAGUCGAUGGGCUUGACAAUGGUCACGGCCGUUGCGUAUGUGUGGUUCAAUGUGUUUUUCGAGGGGAAUGGCCCCGAGAAGCAAGGCAAGGCUGAUAGCAACGGUGUCUUUGAAAUCGAGUGGGACGCCAUGGAUGGUGUCAAAGGAUCCAGCAGAAAGGGAAUAAGAGCUUUUGACCGCAUGUCGGUCGUGUGGAGAUUUGCCGAUAGCGGUGAACCCAAGGCGGACGAGGUGGUUGUCGAGCCCAAAGAGGGUGAGCCAGUGCCGCAAACUAAGGCGGCGGAUUGGAAAGGGACAGAUGCUCCAAAGGCUCCAGGCGAUCUUGGACUGCGGCAACAAAGCCCUCUCAGUGCAGAUAUAAGCAGGGCCAGCAGCAUCAAGAGCGCUGACGGAACAGUAAACCAGACUCAGGGCGAGGGAGCCGACACCGACAAGGAACUGGAAGGCUUGAAGCGCAGCGGACCGUCUGGAGAAGACUUGGAUGAGGGCGAGAAGAAGAGCUAG